AUGCCGCGCCGUUCCUGGCUGGGUUCGACGGUGCCGAUUUCGACAUCGUCAACGAUCCGGGUUACGGCGUGGCAUCCACCACCUUUCUCUUCUCUUUCGGAUUCCGGAUCCUAUGAGCUCCCGGCGAUCCCUCCUUCGGCCGUUGCUAGUUCUGCAAACUCGCAAGACGGACGUUCUUACUCCAAUGCUUCCCCUGCGUCUCAAAUCCCAACCUCUGUCUCCAAUUCGCCUGCAACUUCGCAGGGCGAUGAUGUCUUGAGUCGUGUUGAUGCGUCGCGCGUUGAAAAACGCAGGCUGAAUACACUCGCGGCUCGGCGAUGUCGCCAGAGACGGGUCGACCGUUUGAAGAGCGUGGAGGAUGAAUUGGAACUCGUCCGAAAAGAGCGUGAUGAACUAAGACUUCGGGUAUCGAAGUUGGAGGGGGAAACCGAGGCUUUGAGGGGUCUUCUCUCCCGAGGCCGGAACUGA